UGCGGGCAAGGAGAGAGGGUCGUAGCGAUGGAAGACACCCUCAUCUGCUUUUCUUAGGGUGAAGGUCCAGGGUUUCUGCUGGGAGCGGCCGAAUCCACCUUUCCUGUAGAAGUUUGAACAUUUUCUUGCUACUUACCUUUGGAUCUCUUCCAAAAGGGUCUCUUUGGGUCUCGUGAAAAGGGUGUAAGAUAGAGAAGUGGUCAAACAGAGGUGGAGCUCGGGGUAGGAACCCCACUUAUAUAAUCUGUCUAUCUAUUUUUGGCAGGUGAUACCCCACUCCUCACUGGUAUCAGAUAUUCAGGGAUUUUGGUGGCGGUGUCACAUUUAUCUUUCCCUUAACUAAUCAGGGAACACUAUUAAUAAUCCUUGGCCCUCACCUUCCCCUGGCUGCGAAAACCUAUUACCUCUGCAAACUGACCGUCCUCUUGGAACUUUAUUGUCAGAGGGAGAAGCAGGAGGUAUAAAUGAGCUAUCUGGGGGCAAAUAGGCGCUCCGUGCUGCAUCAGAGGUAGGUGUCACCGGAGACACCACCUAGAAUCAGGAGGUUCAGUUCGAAAGAUGAGUCUCUGCUUAGAAGGAAAGGAAGAGGCAACCUCUCACCGGAGUGAGGGGAAGCAGAGGCAAGCUCAGGAAUGUGUCCUUUUCUGUAUUUACUCCUUGCAGAUGCUGCUCAAAACAAGAAAGAACACCCUUAAAUCUGCCUCCUGCAUCUAAACCUGCGUCAUUUCACUCUACCUCUUGGCCUUGAAGGAAGGCAGAAUUAAUUAAUUUAUUUGUUUUCCCUGCAGACAACAGCAAACUCGGUCGUGUAAUUCUGGUUGGUCACACUUAAAGUGGUAUCCAAAAGAUCCAUUUUGUGUCCCAUCGGGCAAAGCGUUGUAGAAAUCCAAAAAAAUGUACAGCCUGAGCUUUCUGAGGAGAGGUGAGACAUUGUAAAUGAGGUGAUCCUGCAUAUAAUACAGUGACUGUAACCGUUUUGGGGUAUAAAUUCGUUUUAUGCAGAAUUGCUCAUUAGAGGGAAAGACACCCUUGAAGACACCUCGGUGUUUACUCUGUCGAGCAAGAAUAACAAUAAAGAUGCCAUUGAGGUCUAUUUACCAUUUUGCAAUCCAUGUAGGGACACUUUUCCCGAUAAUUAAUGUUGUCAGGGCUUUUAAUUUCUGGGGAAACGUUUUAUGAAGGACUACCAAGCACAUUUCUCUGGAGUAUAUUUGUGAGUUAAAAGCCAUUUUCUGUUUUGGGUCUUAAACCCAACAGUUCUUAGUUGAAAAGCAACCAAGCCUGUUGUGAUACAAGUGAAAUUAUCUUUGGGGAAAAGCAGGUGCUGCAGAAGUGAGAUUUGAUUUUUGUAGCUUGAUUAAUCAAUUGAUCCUAGAAGAGAGGAAAGCUAAUUAAGCUAUGCAUGGGAUAAGAAUAUUUAAAAAUCUUUCUCAACUGCCACUAUAAUUUUGAUGUUGGAUUCUGUGAUAAAUUGGAAAUUCUUCAGCAGCUUUAGAUAAUUUCCAAGGAGGAAGCUUUAUUGAAUCAAACAUGACAAAGGUUAAUUACAUUGGUUCAGUGUCUCUCUUACUAUUUUUUAAUAGCACUUACUGAUGGGGGUUUUGCCUUUUCAGUGUCUACAGUAGUUGGGAACUUAUUACUACUUUUCAGGUAGUCCACUUUAUUUCUCACAGUGUGUCUGUGCCAUAACUCAGAGCAGGUGAGACUUUGUAUUUAAUUACAGUGUGAGAUAGCUGACUCUUGUGGGUCCAAAUGUUUCAACCAACUGGUGUGCUGCCUUUGGAACAGUAUGAUUUGUCGUAUGCUGUUUGCUAAAUUCAGUGAUGUAGGGUUUGCAUUACACUUUCACAUAUUAUAUUCCCUCGCUGUAGUGCCAAGAUUAGAUUCUGAUUGAGAGAUACCAGUAUCUCAUGGUUGUUAGCUGGAUGCUCUAGUUCCAUUUGGCAGCUGGCAGAAAAAAAAUUAUUACCUUGUUUUGGGAGCUUAGAGAGGAUAAGGAUUGUAGCAUUGGUUUUUUGGCUACUGGAGUGUGACUUCAAUUUCUGUCUGCUCCAUUGCAAUGAAUGUAUUUGUCUGCUGGUGAAAGGAGAGAAAAUGAUUCCUUUGUGUAAUUCAGCCAUGUGAAAGCAAUCCUGAUGAGUGGAAAUCCUCUCUUAUCCUUUUAGUUAGUUCCUGCUAAGGCUUAUUCGUGGAGAGAGAAGCAGAUUUAUGACUUCAUCAGGCAUAUAGUGAGGCCUUUGUUACAUGUCAAGUAUUUAAUUAAUUGAAAGAGCUUUUGUUUGUUUGUUUUGUGCUAAGAAGAAUACAAUAAAAAUCCAACACUUCUAGGUUAUUUGCACAGAUCUGCUUGGAGCUGAAAGACAUGGAGAGUUGUGACGACAGGAUCACUGAGGAUUCACCUGUGUCAACAGAAUUUAGGGAAGAAGACUUUGUUACUGCGCUCAUCACUUUCAUGAUUUUGACCAGCUUCCAGAUGAUGUACCUGUUUCAGCUAACAUUGCAGAUAUUGAAGAGAAGAAAGGCUUUACUAAUUAUUAUAUGUUUGUCAUUGAAGUAAAGCUCAAGGGUGGUGGCAGAUACUUGAUUUUCCGGCGCUAUCGUCAGUUCUAUGCCCUACACACCAAACUAGAGGAGAGAUAUGGGGCAGAGAGCAGCAGCCCUUUCACCUGCACACUCCCCAUAUUGCCAGGAAAAGUUUAUGUCGGGGCCAAAAGGGAGAUUGCUGAGAACAGGAUUCCUAUCCUAAAUGUCUACAUGAAGAACCUACUCUGCCUACCUGUUUGGGUGUUGAUGGAUGAAGAGGUGAGGCUGUUCUUCUAUCACUCAACCUUUGAUUGUGAACAGGUGCCUCACAGGCUGAGACGGCUUCGCCCACGGACACGCCGAAUCAAGAGCAUUUCACCUCAAGGGCCUAUUUUUGACCGCACAGCAGCUCCACGGGCUGAGGCACUGUUUGAUUUUUCUGGAACCAAUAAACUGGAACUCAGCUUCAAGAAGGGAGACUUGAUCUAUCUACUUAGCAGAGUAAACAAAGACUGGUUGGAGGGAACAGCUGAUGAUGCCACUGGGAUUUUCCCAUGUGCUUUUGUGAAGAUCAUAAAAGAUUUACCACAGCAGGAAGAUGCAGUUAACAAAGUUCGCUGCUAUUACUACGAUGAGACUGUGAGCACUAUCAGGGAUAUCUCAGUAGAAGAGGAUCUGAGCACCAUUCCAUCACUGAAAGAUCUCAUGGAAUUAAUGAGGCGGGAGUUUGGCCGAGAUGACUUUGUUUUGAAUUACCGGGACCUUGAUGGUGAUCUGAUUCGGUUGCUCUCUGAUCAGGAUGUUGACCUCAUGGUGUCUCUGAGCAAGAAAAUUCCCUCUGAGAAGCAUUUCUUCCCAUGGAAGCUGCACAUCACUCACAAAGAUGACCUGAGUGUCUACAACACUAGUCCAGGAAUAGGUGCUACCUAAACACUAAGAGCAAUGUAAAUCCUAUACAGAAACAUUCCAGUAGGUAUCUGUACAGUCCUUCCAUAAUUCCUCUCUGCAGUUUCCUUUAGCAAGCCCUUGAAGUGACCUCGAAAAGAGUAAUUUUCUAGUAAUGUGUUACCUUUCAACAGAUAAUCUGUACAGUUCAGCAGCUUUUAGCACUCUUCUGUAAUAGAGACAUCUACACAGAGACCAAAACAAUCACUGUCCAUAAUCAUAAAGCAAGUCAGUGCUAGACUGCAAGAGCAGUUUACUGUCCUUACCCCAAGAUGUGCUCUAAUAUCUGUUGUUGCUCCCAGGGCUAAUUAUUAGUCCAGAAUGUCUUCAUAAGCCUUUUUUCUUGACUGCCAUAAUUUCCUCUUCACUUGCUGAUAGGAAGGUUUGUGUGCCCAUGCCCAUUCUAUGCUUGUGGACAUGUAAUUAUCUCCAUCACGUGGCAGUCAGAGUUUGUUCUGCAAGCAUCAAGAACACCUUUUAAUAUGCCAGUGAAGAAGCUGCAGCUCACCUUCCCCUUCUUCCUGGCACUGACCAAUAUUUUGAUUUCUGUGAAUCAAACCUAGCAUGCCUGUGGUGUUUCUCAUAGAUCUUUUUUGUACUCAUGCAGAUGAUUUAUUUUUACAUUCUGGGGAAAUUUGUCUGAUGCCUAUUCAAGCAGUAAUUUCUUCUCUGUUUGUCUUUUGCUUCCUGACUCCUCAUUGCAAAGCAGAACUGGAAAAAAAAACCCCACUCUAUCAGAUUCUGCAACAAAUGAAGUAUCGCACAAGUUUACUUUACCAGUUUCCAUUUUGCUCAAAAGUGAGACAAUUUCAAAGAGGAAUUUGAGUGUUACCUCUUCAGCUUCCCUUAAUGAGGAGUUCAUUAUGGAAAAUCCAGAAUUUGUAAUAAUUUCUAGAAUGAUCAUGCAAUGAAGUUAUUUUUCUCUUGAAUGGAUUCACUGCUGCUUGUAAGAAUUUGAUACCUACUACUGGAUCUUAAACCCACCACGUAGCCGUGGUGUUAAAAAGUUCCCACUGAGUGGAACGAUCAUCAUAUAAAAUCUUAGAACAGAUGAGAGCUUAAAAGAGUUUUCAAGAGCCAUGCAUUGGAUUCAGCUGUUAGUUUCUGUGGCAUUAAACCACAAGGCCUCAUUAAAAAAAUCUUUCUCCUUGACCUGCUGCUGAAAUCUGUACAGACAAAAGAGAAGUUUAACAACUACCUGAAGGAACUAAGAAACAGUCAACUAACAGUGUGUGAAUAACUAACCUGCUCCUCCCCAAAGUGGCAAAACAAUGGUUUGCCUUUUUCUUAUGCCACCAGGUAACAAGAUCUUCAACAACAACAAUAUUUAGAAUGACUUCUACUUCAAACUUGGUUGCUCUUUGCCUGUCAUUGUUUAUUAAUUCCUGCUGUAUAUACCUAAAGUUUAGAAAAUCAUAGAAAGUUUAUAUGCUAAAGCUUUAAUAUUCUGUCAGCAGCAGCCUUGCAUUUUUGCAUGUAUUGGAAAUAAAG